AUGCGCAUCUUUGCCCCGAGUAAGGCCCUGCAGUGUGCCGAGGUCACCCGCGAUUUUGCGCGCUGCCUCGUCGCCACCGCCGCGCCGCCGCCCGCCCCGCACGCCCCCGGCGCCGCCGCGCCGCCGCCGCCACCCUCGCCCGCGGCGCCGCCAGAUGGGGUGGUGGCCGGCUUUGUGGUCGGCUGGCUGGUGGCGGGAGAGCUUCAGGUGCUCGAGCUGGCGGUCCACCCAGAUCACAGGCGCAAGGGGCUGGGCGCGGCGCUGCUCGCGCGCCUGAUGGCGGACUGCGGCUGCGACGCGUCUGCGCCGGCGACGCUGGAGGUGCGCGCGGGCAACGCGGCGGCGCUGGCGCUGUACACGCGGCUGGGGUUCGUCGAGGCCGGGCGGCGGCGGCGGUACUAUGCUGACGAAUCCGACGCGGUGCUGAUGACGCGGCCGCCGGGGCCGCUCGCGCCACCGCUGGGCGCAUGA